GACACGUGACCAGGGUAGUGUUUUGACAGGGCAAACAGUGAGAGAAAGAGUAAAGAGCGAGCGAGCGAGCGAGGCGGGCAGGCAGCGGGGCCGGUGGAUGCGCGGGCGCGGCGUCUGGGCGUCUCGGCGUCUCGGCGGCCGCGGGGUCUGCGCGCUGCGCUCGGGGAGGCGUGGCUCGGAGCACGGAGAGUGAUGUGAGCGGCCGGGCGGCCGCAGGGAGCAGUGCCGGGAGGAGGAGCGAGGGGUCCCGGAGGGCGGUGAGCGGGCGGACCAUGGGAGCGGUUCCCGGGUGGGCUGAGCCACGCGUGAGUCGGCGCGGCUGAGGACAUGCCCAGACUCUGCUGCUGACCGGCUCCGGCUGGAACCCGGCUACAGAAGCCUCGGCGAGGCUAGCCACAGGGGAUCCCCGCAGCGUUUGGAAAACGAAGCAGAAGCCGUUGAGUCAGCCGUGUGCCGGUUGGAAGAACCCACACCUGUGUUUUACAGCACUUUGGGUGGAAAUUGGAUGCCAAAAUGAAGCCAGACCGAGAUGCCUUGGAUGAGUACUUUGAAUAUGAUGCAGAGGAGUUCUUGGUCUCUUUGGCCUUGCUGAUAACUGAAGGGCGGACCCCUGAGUGCUCUGUGAAAGGCCGUGCAGAGAGUUUCCACUGCCCUCCGGCGCAGUCUCGUUUCCCACCAACAGCCAGACAUGAAUGCAGUGACAAGCUGGCCCAGUGUCGCCAAGCCAGACGAACCAGAUCUGAGGUCACACUGUUGUGGAAAAAUAAUCUUCCAAUCAUGGUGGAAGUAAUGCUUCUGCCAGAUUGCUGCUACAGUGACGAGGGACCUAGCACAGAGGGGACAGAUCUGAAUGACCCCGCCAUUAAGCAAGAUGCACUGUUACUGGAGAGGUGGAUCUUGGAGCCUGUUCCCCGACAGAAUGGUGAUCGCUUCAUCGAAGAGAAGGCCCUUCUGCUGGCUGUCAGAUCGUUUGUGUUUUUUUCUCAGUUAAGUGCUUGGCUAAGUGUUUCUCAUGGUGCUAUUCCACGAAACAUUCUUUACAGAAUCAGUGCUGCUGAUGUCGACCUGCAGUGGAGUUUUUCACAGACUCCAACUGAGCAUGUGUUUCCCGUUCCCAAUGUCUCUCACAAUGUGGCCUUGAAAGUCAGCGUUCAAUCCUUACCCAGACAAGCUCAUUAUCCGGUUUUGACCUGUAGUAUUCAUACUAACAUUGGUCUGUAUGAGAAGAGAAUUCAAGAACAGGAGCUUAGAGCCUGUCAGCACCAUGGCCCUGGUGAGGUAGAGUACCGUUGUCCCAGCAGCUCACAGAAUCUAUGCAGCAAGCACACAUGGACCAUGGCACCUGUGAGUGCCCUGCAUGUCAGAAGUGGCAUGCCUCCCGAGUACACUGCAGCCAUUAGAAAUGUCAGGCUUUGCCCAGGCACGGGUAGCAAGUCUGACCACGGGGCACCUCAAGCCAGUGUCCUGGGUUUCAGUGGCACCGGAGGAGAUGUGAGGCCACAGGAGACAUCAGUGAGAACUUUGAAGUCACUCUCUGUGAUCCAUUCCAGUGUCUCCAGCUGUCAGAGCUCUAGGCAGCCAGUAGGGGAGCCUAAUCCUUUAAUUGACUCCCUGAUUCAGGAUCGUCAAGAAGUCAUUGCCAGGAUUGCUCAGCACUUGAUUCACUGUGACCCCAGCUCCUCUCGCAUGUCCGAACUCCCCUAUAACACCCAGGAGACCACGUCACUUAGCCCAAAGCUUCACCGAGUUUCACAGGAAAGUGGGUGUGUGAGAAGAUGCAAGGAAGCAUUCUCUGUCUCUUUUGGGAGUGCAGAGUUUGGCUCCCCAGGAGACAGCAGGGAGGGAAAAGUGAGAGAGAAGUCAGAAAGCAGGCCAGGAGAAACCUGCGCCUCUCAGUACCCUCGCCAGCCUGCUGGGGAGGCGAGCCCACUGAUUGGCUCUUUGCUCCAGGAGCGUCAGGAUGUCAUAGCCAGGAUCGCACAACACCUGGAGCACAUCGACCCUGCAGCUCACAUUCCCCGGCCUGCAUUCAGCAAGCACGACUCCAAUUCCAUUCCUUCUAAAGUGUUCAGGAGUUCAUUUGAUGACAAAACCUUGUUGAAGAAGGACAGAGAGAAUAUCUCUGUUUCUGCUUCUCAUACAGAAGUGUCCUUAUUGGGAGAUCGAGGUGAUGGGAAAAGCCUCAAACCUAGUAAAUGCUUCCGAUCUUUCAAAUACAGUCCUCAAGAAAAGCUUCUGAAACCUGAAGUAAGAACUCAGGGUCAGAGCCAUCCUGAUGACGUGACCCACACAGCCAGGCAGGAGCUGCUGAACAAGGCUGGUGGCUUACUAACUUCCUCUAACUCAUCUCUCUGCAAUGAAAGCAGCUUGGGUUUGAUUAGCAGAUUGGAAAGCACAUCUUGUAAAUUACAACUUAAGGAGCAAGAAAUGAGCCAUGAAACUGAGAAACAGUGUUUGCAUUGCAACAGUAUUGACAAACAGACUUGCACAAAUAAAUAUACGGAGAAAAUAAAAGAUGAGAAUAGCCCAAGAUCUCUCAGUCACCUCCAGUGUGAUGAUUCAAAAGGUAUUGACUCGAACAUAAAAGUGACUAUGCUGGAUAUGCCUGACUAUUUGAGCAACUACAAAACUAAUUGUUCAAAUAAAGACUCCAAAAGAUCAAAGACAUGUGAGCAAAGCAUUCAGCUUGACACAGAAAAUGAUCUCAGUGAAGAUAUUGAGGGUUCCAAAAGCCCAGUAUCAGACCAACUAAAAACUGAGCAGGAGGAAAAAAAAGAUUCAAUUGCCGGAAAACCUCAAAGUGUAAAGCACUUUUUGUCUACAAGCGAAAGACUGAAAAACGCAGACACGUUGAGGACUACACUGAAACAUUCAAGUGUCUGGAGGAAACAUAAUUUUCAUUCCUUGGAUGGGACAUCAACUAGAGCCUUUCAUCCUCAGACGGGGCUGCCUCUCCUCUCAAGUCCAGUUCCUCAAAGAAAAACUCAGUCAGGCUGCUUUGAUCUAGACACGUCGCUGCUGCAUCUGAGAAGCCUAGCCUCUAAAAGCUCUCGACCAUGUCUGAACAUUGACGAGGACCCAGAUGUUCAUGAAAAACCUUUUUUGAGUUCAAGUGCUCCACCAAUCACAAGUCUUAGUCUCCUAGGAAAUUUUGAGGAAUCGGUUCUGAAUUACCGUUUAGACCCCCUCGGCAUAGUUGAUGGCUUUACUGCCGAGGUGGGAGCCAGUGGGACUUUCUGCCCAACGCACUUGACUCUGCCAGUGGAAGUGUCCUUCUACAGUGUUUCGGAUGAUAAUGCUCCCUCGCCUUACAUGGGUGUGAUUACUUUAGAGUCCCUUGGUAAAAGGGGUUAUCGAGUACCUCCUUCAGGAACGAUACAAGUGACCUUAUUCAAUCCUAAUAAGACUGUGGUGAAGAUGUUUGUUGUCGUGUAUGACCUACGAGGUAUGCCAGCCAAUCACCAGACAUUCCUGCGACAGAGGACGUUUUCUGUUCCUGUUAAACAAGAAAUGAAGAGAAGUAUUAACAAAGAGAACAUCCAGCACACAGCACAGUUGCUACGCUACCUCAUACACCUGAGGUUCCAGAGUUCUAAAUCUGGAAAGAUCUACCUCCAUAGAGAUGUCCGGCUCCUGUUCUCUAGAAAGUCCAUGGAGGUUGAUAGCGGUGCUGCGUAUGAACUCAAAUCUUAUACUGAAUCGCCAACAAACCCUCAGUUUUCACCAAGAUGUUGAUGAGGAGUACAACUUAAAAAUAUUCGCUCAGUACCCAAGCCUGAACAUGAGCAUUCACAGAGUGGAAUACAUCAAAUGAAAGCCAGCAGAGCGGGGUGACCCUCCUCUGUUGUCCUGGGCCAGAUUUUAUUAAAGGACCCCUGAAGUGAGACCCAUGACUCCUAAGUGGACUGGAAGCACCUGGGUUUUUGCCCUUUUCGUACUGUUGAAACCACUUCAUUGGACAGUUGCAAUAGCAAAAUCCCCAGUUAGAUUAGUGUUUACACAUUUUAUUUCUGUUAUUUAAUAUUUAAUGUUUUCCUUAAUAGUCAAGUGGUGUUUGUCUCUAGUGUUCUAAUGUAGCACAAUCCUAUGUAAAAUCAUACUAUGUAUUUUUGACAUUAAUGUUGAAAUUGAAAUAUAUGCGUAAGUCUUUAAUUUUGUGUGGUGUGUUUUAAGUGCUGUUCCUUUAAGCUACUGAAAAUGAGAAUGAAAUGUUGGGCUUCUUUAAGAUUAAUGCACUAUGCAAGCAUGUAUGCUUUUUCUAUCUCUCCAGGUUAGUUUUUAUAGCACUCACCCAGGGGUUGUCCCUGGGAGUCUGACAAAGCUGCUCCCAUCCUCCUGGCAAGCGCUCAGCCUCCUGCCCAUUCUCAUUCCUUCUAAGGUCCCCCCACCCCAGAAAACAGUCUAUUUUCCCUGAAUCACUACUGUAGAGGUUUUACUUUAAAUUGCUGCCCCAUGCUAGAUAAUUUUCUCACACUGUUAAAAAGAAUAUGUACUUUGAAAAGAAAUUAAUAUUUAUAUUGUAAAUAUAUGCAAAAAAACCUGAAA